UUAGUUGGCGAAGAGCAGAUGACUGGUGAGACCCUAACAUGUAAGCUAGCAGAUGGUUCUAAGUUGGAGGUUCCUAUUGCUACUGUUUUUAUCAACACACCGUAUUACGUUGGUUCUGUCGUGGCGUGGUGUAUGGACAAUCCACUGUAUGAUGUAAUUAUUGGAAACAUCGAGGGUGCGAGACAGCCUAGAGAUCCAGAUACUGAUUGGAAGGUGGAAGCUGUUGCUGCUGUACAGACAAGGGCUCAACGGCAGAAGGAGAACCGACCCUAUCGCGCAUUGAAUGUACCUACUGCAGACAACUUUGCUACUCCUGAUGAGAUCAAAGCUGAACAGCAAGCUGAUGACAGUCUUGUGAAGCUAUGGCAAUUGGCGAGGAAUGAUGACAAGAAGAUACGAUCAGAUGGCGGUAAGUCUCAUUUCUAUGUCAAGAGGGGUCUAUUAUACAGAGAGUUUCAGAGUCCAUCAUCAGCACAGGGAAGGCUGUUUAAGCAGCUGGUGGUACCGACCAAGUUGAGACCUGCUGUGAUGAAGUUGGCUCACGAUUCUGUGAUGUCUGGCCAUUUAGCGGCGAAACGGACGACCGAGCGGAUAUUAUCAGAGUUCUAUUGGCCUGGGUUGACGUCAGAUGUGACAAGAUUUUGUCGCUCGUGUGAUGUCUGCCAACGGACAUUUCCCAAGGGCAGGGUGACCAAGGUUCCGUUAGGGGUUAUGCCACUCAUUGGAACGCCAUUUCAGCGCGUAGCUAUUGACCUGGUGGGGCCACUCCAACCUGCUACAGACCGUGGGAACCGCUAUAUCUUAACACUAGUGGAUUAUGCCACAAGAUAUCCAGAGGCCAUACCAUUGAAAGGAAUCGAGACGGAGCGUGUCGCCGAGGCACUGGUCGAUAUUUAUAGUCGUGUUGGUGUCCCAAGCGAGGUACUCACAGACCAGGGAGCUCAAUUCACAUCAGAACUCAUGAGGGAGGUAAGCCGUUUACUAUCUAUUCGCCAGUUGACCACAACACCCUAUCAUCCGAUGUGUAAUGGCCUAGUCGAGAGGUUUAAUGGAACUUUUAAACAAAUGCUUCGUCGGAUGUGUGCUGAAAGACCCAGGGAUUGGGAUAAAUAUAUCAACGCACUACUAUUCGCGUAUCGUGAGGUUCCCCAAGAGAGUCUUGGCUUUUCACCAUUUGAGAUGCUGUAUGGUCGUACUGUCAGAGGGCCAAUGAUGAUCUUAAAGGAGCUUUGGACCAAACAAGUUCCGGAUCCUGAGACAAAGACUACCUACCAGUAUGUCAUUGACCUGAAGGCAAAGCUAGAAGACACCUGUGAGAUGGCCCAGAAGCAACUUCGGACAUCGAAGAUCCGCCAAGCGUCUUACUAUAACCGGAAGGCUAAGGAAAGACAACUGAAUGUUGGCCAGAAGGUUUUGAUUUUGUUGCCAACGAAGAGGAACAAGUUAGAGAUGCAGUGGCGAGGACCAUACCGGAUUACAGAGAAGAUGGGUUCAAUGGAUUAUAAGGUCGACAUUGAUGGAAAGGUGAAAACUGUGCAUGCCAACCUCCUACGGAGAUACGUUGAGAGGGAAGAGAACUCUGCAUGUCAGCAAUCCGGAAUUAUGUCUGUUGUUUGUGUGUCCAUGGUAGAGGAAGAGGAGACGGUUGAUUACGAAGAUGGUCUGUUGGAGGAUAUUACGAUGCCUCAGUUGGGGAGGAAGGAGUCAGCUGAAGAUGUAUUAGUGUCUGAGCUGUUGACUAAACCACAAAGGAAGGAUUUGACAGAACUGAUGGAGGAAUUUGAUGAUGUUCUGACUGAUAUGCCCGGGAAUACAUCGUUAGUUGAGCAUGACAUCAAGACGACAACAUCCGAACCAGUUAGAGUCAAGCCUCACAACAUUCCAUUCAACAUGAAGGAAACUAUCAGGGAUGAAGUAGACAAGAUGUUGAAGAUGGGAGUUAUUCACCCGUCAAAGUCUCCUUAUUCGGCAGGGGUUGUGAUCGUAAGGAAGAAAGAUGGCACGAAUAGGUUUUGCGUCGAUUAUCGUCACCUGAAUCGGAUAACCGUAUUUGACGCCGAACCGAUGCCAGACGCCGAGGAUAUUUUCUCGCGACUUGCGGGUCACCAAUAUUUUUCCCGUCUUGACCUUAGUAAAGGCUACUGGCAAGUUCCUAUGUCAGAGAGUUCCAGACAGAAAACGGCAUUUUCAACACCUGUUGGAUUAUUCGAAUUCUCAGUCAUGCCAUUUGGUCUUGUAAACGCCCCAGCGACUUUUUGUCGAUUGAUGAGGAAACUUCUUCGGGGAAUGACCAACAUAGAGAGUUUUAUAGACGACCUGUUAAUCUACACGAAGACAUGGGAGGAGCACGUUUUAGUACUUGCAGAAUUGUUCAGACGACUGAGAGAGGCUGGAUUGACAGCGAGACCAAGUAAAUGCGCGCUUGGAUAUGGUAGUCUAGAGUGUUUGGGACAUAUUGUUGGACAGCAAGGAUUGCUACCAACCCCGGACAAGGUCAAAGCAAUCAGCGAAGCGGAGAGACCAACGACGAAGAAGCAGGUGCGAUCUUUUCUGGGUCUGGCCGGAUUUUACCGGAAAUUCAUCCCUAAUUUUGCGGUUAUUGCUGUUCCAUUGACUGACCUGACAAGAAAGGGAAUGCCAAACAAGGUGAUAUGGCAGGACACUCAUGAGAGAGCGUUCAACACUCUGAAGAAGCUUCUAUCAUCUAGUCCAAUACUGAAGUUACCUGACUUGGAAGCGGAAUUCACUCUCCAGACCGAUGCGUCAGAUAAGGGAAUAGGCGGUAUUCUACUGCAAAUGGAGGGAGACCAUUUACUUCCGGUGGCUUAUGCUAGCCGAAAACUGAAGUCCAGUGAAUGCCCAUAUUCCGUGAUUGAGAAGGAAUGUUUGGCUGUAGUGUGGUCCAUUCAGAAAUUCCAAAAAUACAUCUAUGGGAAGGAGUUCGUGUUGGAGACGGAUCAUCAACCACUUAUAUAUUUGAACAAGAUGAAGGGUGUGAAUGCGAGGUUAAUGAGAUGGGCACUGCAACUACAACCGUACAAAUUCCGAAUACGUGCAAUCAGAGGAUGUGAAAACGUUGGUGCGGAUUUCCUCAGUAGAAUGUGAUGGCUAGGAAACUCUGUCAUGUGACUUUUUGGAGAAUAAAAGUAGCUCCACAACGUUUAUUCUUCUGGUUGGGGCGUGUUGUCACAUGCCAUAUCUGGUGUAUGUAAGUAUUUGUAACUUGUAUGUAUUUGUUUUAGUCCUUAGUAUUGUUUUUAAGAGUUUUAAAUUGCGCGCCGUUUCUCAACUGUUGAGACCGCGGCAGGGUGUGUGCGCAUGAGCAACAGGUAAGCGGGAGUACAGGCGGACAGGUAAAAAACCUAGCAGCGGGUAUUUGGAGCGUAGCCCUGUUCGACGCCCAAACUACAGAUUGGGCUUGAUGGGCCUACACCAUAAUUGAUGAGACCAUGAACACUACCCACCUAUGGUAUGGAGGCCUAGAGCCGAGGGCCGAAUAGCUGUACUGAUUUAUGUACUACGAGAUCCUACUCGUCCUAUGAACUGUAUGCCUGUUGUGAACCUUCCCUGUUUUGGAAGGAUGGACCGACAUAACCUGCGUGGUAUGUCUGAGCGGUGAUACACAUCGCGGCAGAGAUGUGACAUAGUUAUUGAUGACGUCACAGUUGUCGAUAUAUUCAACGUCUUGGGAUCAUGAUUACAGACGUAGAGAUUCUGUUCUACUAUAACGUUGAUUCCCUGUUGUGGAUGCUGACCAUGUUCAGUACAUGUAUAUUGAGCACUGCGUGUGUGAUUUUGUUCCGCUGUAUAAGACGGCACUGAUUGGAUUCUGAGGGACCGAUGAUGGAGACAUUCAUGUUCAUCUAUUGCUUAGCAACGUAACUGUGUGGACUCGAUGUUCAACUGUGGUGGCCUUUGAGAGACUUGUAGGGAAUAGGGUGUCUAUGUUUAUGUAUUUAUGCUUAUGUGUCUAUGUUUAUGUAUUUAUGCUUAUGUGUCUAUGAAU